CGGCUCCUCCUCAGGGCGCCCGGCUGCAUCCCCGGCCGGAAGAGGAAGGCGGCCCGGCGCCGAGGAGAGCCGGGGAGGAGCCGCAGCAUCCCCAGGGACGGCUCCCGGCGGGCGGAGGAGCGGUAGAGCACUUGGGAACAUGGCUCUGAGACAGAGAGAAGCCAGCAGCAACUCCACCGACGACAAGCAAGAGCAGAACUGCAGUCGUGUUAUUACAAUCGUCUUCCUGGCACUCCUCAUUGACUUGUUGGGAUUUGCUCUCAUUUUGCCAUUGUUUCCUUCCAUCCUUGAUUAUUACAGCCAGAAUGAGGAUGGAUUCUAUUUGUCAUUGCAACGUGGUGUGGACUGGUUUGCAGCCAUGGUUGGAAUGCCUUCAGAGAGGAAAUACAACAGUGUCUUGUUUGGAGGUCUGAUUGGCUCAAUGUUUUCCAUCCUUCAGUUUUUCUCCUCUCCCCUCACUGGAGCUUUGUCAGACUGCUUGGGAAGAAGGCCAGUCAUCCUGAUGACAGCGAUGGGUUUGAUAGCAUCUUAUGCACUAUGGGCUGCAUCUCGGUCUUUCGGCGUUUUUCUUCUCUCCAGGAUGAUAGGUGGAAUAAGCAAAGGGAAUGUCAGCCUCUGCACAGCUAUAAUUGCUGACUUGCACUCUCCAAAAGCACGGAGCAAGGGCAUGGCAAUGAUUGGUGUUGCUUUCUCCCUUGGUUUUACCCUGGGUCCCAUGAUUGGAGCGUAUCUAGCUAUGGAGACAGAAAAAGGAGAAGUCUUCUAUCUUCGUUCAGCAUUAUUAGCGCUCACGUUUGCUGCAGCUGACUUGAUUUUCAUCUUCUUCCUGCUUCCAGAGACACUUCCCAAAGAAAAGCGGGUCUCCUCUGUGACAUCUGGGUUUCAGGCAGCAGCUGAUUUGCUCAGUCCUUUGGCUUUAUUCCGGUUCUCUGCAGUCACCCAAGGGAAGGAGGCCCCUUCAGAUCAGAAUCUUCAGAACCUCAAACUCUUGGGCCUGGCUUACUUCCUGUACCUCUUCCUGUUUUCUGGAUUGGAGUACACACUGAGUUUUCUUACUCACCAGAGAUUCCAGUUCAGCAGUAUGCAGCAGGGCAAGAUGUUUUUCUUUAUUGGAAUUACAAUGGCUGUGAUCCAGGGAGGCUACGCUCGCCGAAUAAAGCCAGGAAAUGAAAUCAGAGCCGUAAAAAGGGCCAUUCUGCUGUUGAUUCCAGCGUUCCUGUUCAUUGGAUGGGCUGCCAACGUGACCCUGCUGAGCGCCGGACUGUUGCUGUACUCUUUCGCUGCCGCCAUUGUUAUCCCGUGUUUGUCUGCAGUGGUGUCAGGCUACGGUUCUGCCAGCCAGAAAGGAAGAGUUAUGGGGAUCCUGAGGAGCCUGGGGGCUCUGGCGAGGGCGCUGGGACCUGUCCUGUCAGCCACAGUUUACUGGCUGGCAGGGGCAGAGAGCUGCUUCACCAUCUGCGGAGCUUUCUUCCUCAUCCCCUUCGUUUUACUCGGUUCUAUCAAACAGCAGACAAAGGAGGAGUAGGCAAAGGUCAGACACCAGAGCAGCUUCCAAGGACCUCCCCGCCACCUGAUUCUCAUCGCCUGAGUCCACUGACGAGACUGGGAGAAGGCGAUGCAGUAACUGCUGCUGCUUUCUUAUGGCCUCCAUGAGCACUUCAGCUACCACGGCCUCCCAGCUGCCUUGGACAGGUUUGAAAAUGAAAACAAGGAAAACAAAACAUGCUGCAGUUCAGUAAAGCACUGAGAGCACCAGACGAGGCUUGGCAAGCUGAGACCGGCCUUAUGGCAGCGCUGCUGCACACCAAGCCCCUAAACGACAAUUUGACGUCAAGUGCUGCCCGCCAACACACUGCAGCCCGUAAGGAGCUGCUCUUUGUGCAUCUCCUUUGUCACCAGCACAAGCCGACGAACCCCAGUGCCCAAAGCCACCACGGAGAGGACUGUCCUGCCUCCAGCUGGCACAGAACAACUCACAGGAGCCGUCUGACAGACACUGGAUGCUGCACAGCACGAGUUACCUGUGAGUGGAGCUGGUAGGAGCCAAAUCAACUGCCUUAAAACCUGACAAUCACAAAGCAGAGGCGAGCAGCACACUCCAGGCUUCCUGAGCCUGACCGGUACUUUGGUGUUAAUGGACUGGUUUUACUAUACAAUUAAAUUGAGCUGUUUUAUAUUUCUAGUACUGCAUGUUUUCUGAUGACCAAACACUGUUUAUAUUUUCAAAUAAACUGUUACACUGUGCUUUACCCAGUCAGAAAAACACAACAGCGCUGCAAUGAUUUGGACAGUGAAUCUGGAGUCCAGGAGCCCACAUGAGUGACCAGAAUCCCCCAGCAGCCAACAUGAAAUCACUGCUAAAUGCCCACCAGAACAUGGAGCCCAUGAAUUAAAGGUUCAGGCCUACGGCUGUAGAACAGGACGAGUUCUGAAAGCAAAUGGGAACAGGCUUUUUUUAAAGAGUUUUAUUUGUGAGUAGAACUUAAUUGAUACAAGAGAAAGAAAAACACAGGACUUUAAUUUGCCCCGGAGUGUGUAACCAUAGCAUACAUGACUACGUUCCAUCGGUAAUACAAAGAAUUAAAAGAACAAACUACAAAAUUUGAAAUUAAAAGUCAUUGCAUAUGUGGUCAGAGAUAAAUGGAGGGACUCCAUUAAUGAACUGAAACAUAGAGCAAUUAGUCAUUUAAUUACGACCCUGCAAUAGAACACAAGUUAGCAAAAUAAGUAUUGUAUGCUUCCUAGUGUACAGAGGACAUACAAGGUUAAUUACAAGCUGAAAGCCAUUAGUGCCAUGCAGCCCUGACUAACCAUGGCUGUUCAGGGGUCUCUCUCGCACAGUGAGUUACUGCUGCUCCUAUUCCCACCGCACCUCUACCCAUCCCAACCGGGCAAGGUCCCAUUCCUCACAGCAUUCAAUGCUGCUUGGAAAGCUCUGCUCAUCUGAAGCCUUACAGCCCUGAUUGCCAUUCCAUUUUCCCUUCACUGUCUGAAACCAACCCAAGGUUCCAACGCCCCAGGCCUAAUAUAGGCCUCUCUGACCCCCAGCUGCUGAACCCAUCUCUCCUCUGAUGCUUUCUACUACAUGAAUUGUAAGGCAUUAAAUUCUCCGCUGCUGACAUUGUCCUGACAUUGACACCACGUGCUGUUUGCUGCACAUACUGCCCUCUCCCAUACAGGAGUUUUCAAUGUUUCUGUUGUUAAACCCAGAAGUGCCGCCACUGGGAGGC